AUGGAUUUCGGGGUGCGAUGCGCGUCGAGCGCCUGGGGGCUGUUAUGCGGCGUCUGGUCGGCCGCGCUGCUGCGGAAAGCGCUGAAAACGUCGACCGAUACGCUGAGCAGAAUGUACGCGUCGCCGCCGUUGGAAGGGUGCGAAGAGUUGGUGUGCCUGGCGGUUGGAUAUUUCAUGUACGACGCCAUCGUGUCGCAUAAGCACUACGGCAUGCAGUAUUUUUUGCACGCCGUCAUCUCUGUGGUGACUUUCUUGGCGCCGCAGUUCAUGCCGAAGGGCUUUUUACACAUGUACGCGGCGAAUUUCCUGCUCUGGGAAGCUACGCUGCCGUUUUUGGCCGCGCGAUACAUCAUGAUCAAGGCUGGAAUGGGAUCUACGAGAGUUUUCAAGAUCGUUGAACUCACUGGGUUCGGGCUUUGGGUGUUCAUCCGCUUCUUCAUCGGAGUGCCGAUGAUGUACUUGUACUUCAGCGACGCGUACUCGAUGUUCAAGGCGGGCAAAGCGAGUCCGCUUUGGUUAUACAUAUGGUACACGUUUGCGAGCGCGGCGUUGCAGUUGAUGAACGUCAUUUGGUUAACGGCGAUCAUUAAGACCUUGUUUACAAAGUCUAGAACCACCGUGACGCCUGAGAAUUUCGGGCAGAACAAUAAGAAAGAGUAA